AUGACGAAUGAACAAAUGGAAUUAUUAUUCUCAAAAUUCGAUGCAAAGUUAGAUGAAAAGCUUAAUCAACAAACCCAAACAUUAACAACAGCAGUUACUAAGAACGUUAUGGAAGCAAUGGAUGAAAAGAUGAAAAUAUUAAUGGAAGAAAACCAAGAAUUAAAAUCUGAAGUAUCAAGACUAAAACGCAAAAUCAAUACCUUGGAAAAAGAAAAGCGAAAAAGCAACCUGAUUUUCUUUGGUGUUGAUGAAAAUGGGAAAAGAGAGACAGAACUAGUUGACUACAUAAAAGGAAUUAUAGAAGAAGCGAAAGUGCAUAUAGACAGCCAUGAAAUAAACAACAUCUAUAGAAUUGGAGCGCAAACCAGCGAAAAUCGCCCUGUAGUGGUUACUUUCUCUACUAUGUGGAAGAAACAUCUUAUAUUAAAAUCUAAAUCAAACUUACCAACAGGCAUUUAUGUCAAAGAGGACUUCCCCAAGGAUGUCCUUGAAGCCCGGAAAAAACUGCAGCCAAAAGUGGAGGAAGAAUGGAAAAAGGGGAACAUAGCUUUCAUGAGAGGAGACCAACUCGUAAUUAAAAAGCAGAAGGACAACCAGCGCGAAAAGAGGAAGAGAGACAAGACUAUAUCCCCCGAAUUUCAAACAAUGAAAAAACCGAAUACUCAUAAUGGAACUGGAAACAAAACAAAUAAAGCUAAAACUAUUGGACAAAAAGAAAUAUUGAAACCAAACAUUUUACAAUACAUGGGAAGAGAUAGAACUACUUCCACUUCAACUUCAGGAAAUUCAAAAAACUAA